UCACCCACCCCUUACCAUCCACACGCCUGCAACCAUGGCGUUCGGAAACGACCUCGAUGCUUACGCCGGCGCGUCGACGUCGCUCGCCCUCGUCGAGAAGGCGCGCGCGCGCAGCUUCCUCGGUGUCUCGUGGGGCGAGUGCAAGCUGCUCAUCAUUGCGGGUGUCGGCUUCCUCAUGGACGCCUACGACCUGUUCAUCGUCAACAUGAUCUAUGCCAUCAUCCUCGUCGCCUACCCCGCCUUCCACGGCAAGAAGAACAUCACCUGGGGCCUCGAGGGCGGUGUGCUCAAGGCCUCGGCUAACAUCGGCAACGUCGUCGGCCAGCUGCUCUUUGGCUUCUGCGGCGACGCCUUCGGCCGCUCGGCGGUCUACGGCAAGGAGCUCAUCAUCGUCAUCGUCGCCGUCAUCAUGAUCAUCAGCGUGCCCGACUACCUCGGCGGCGUCGGUGUCACGGCGUGGAUGACGGGCUUCCGCUUCCUCAUGGGCAUUGGCAUUGGCGGCGACUACCCGAUGUCGGCCUCGAUCGUCUCAGACCGCGCGCACGUCAACAAGCGCGGCACGCUGCUCGCCAUCAUCUUCUCGAACCAGGGCUGGGGCAACCUUAUCGGUGCCGUGGCCGCCGUGUGCGUCAUUGCCGCCUACCGCGGCCCCGUCGACGCCAACGACACGCACAAGCUCUCGGGCGCGUGGCGCAUCCUGCAGGGCAUCGCCCUCAUCCCCGCGUUCGCCGUGCUCUACUUCCGCCUCACCCUCGUCGAGUCGACUCGCUUCACGCAGGCGCGUCAGAUCCAGGACGACCCGGAGCUGCUCGCCAAGGCCUCGGCCGCCGGCGUCGUUGUCAGCGAGACGGAGUCGGACGACGACCUCGCCAAGAAGGACGGCAGCUUCAAGGCUGCUGAGAACAAGACGGUCGGCCUCGCCUUCGGCACCAUCGGCGAGAAGCCGCGCAACGAGUUCUUCAGCUACUUCAGCGAGUGGCGCAACCUCAAGGUGCUCCUCGGCUGCUCGCUCUCUUGGUUCCUCGUCGACAUCACCUUCUACGGCAUCAACCUCAACCAGUCGACCAUCAUCUCGGCGCUCGGUUUCACGAGCGGCAGCACCUGGCAGAAGCUCAUGCAUGUGGCGACCGGCAACCUGAUCAUCACGUGUGCCGGCUUCCUGCCCGGCUACUUCUUCACGAUUGCACUCGUCGACGUCGUCGGCCGCAAGCCUAUCCAGCUCUUCGGCUUCCUCCUCAACGCACUCAUGUUCGGCAUCCUCGGCGGCAAGUUCAACGAGUACAAGCCCCACACCAACCAGAUCUUCCCCGUCUUCGUCUUCCUGCAAUUCGGCUUCAACUUCGGCGCCAACGCCACCACCUUCAUAGUGCCCGCAGAAGCAUUCCCGACGCGCGUCAGAGCAUCUGCACACGGACUUUGCGCCGCAACCGGCAAGCUAGGAGCCAUUCUCGCGAGUCUCGGGUUCUCCAUCCUUGCCGACCCUGUGAAGGGUAUCGGUCAGGAGAAGGUGUUCUGGAUCUUCUUCGCGAUUUCCAUUGCCGGCGCGCUUGUCACGCUGCUUCUCGUGCCCGAGACCAAGGGCUACGACGCCGACGAGGUCGACCGCAAGCGUCUUGCAGAGGCCCGCGGCCUUGGCGCCGAGGCGAACCACGAGGUUCGUGAGCUCUAAGCUCGACGAGGUGCUCGCAACGCGCCCGUCUCUCCAACCCUCUCUCUUUCUCGCUGGCAAACCCAGCUUCCUUCGUGUAAUCACCUUGUAACCCAUACCUCGCCUCGGCUUCAAUCAUCGCCUU